AUGUCAAUAUUUAUUGCCCGGAUAUUGAUUGUCGCCGCGUCUGUGACGCAUGCAUCGGCGUCAUGCGCGUACGGAACCCAUCUAUCCCCCCGCGCGGAGGGAGCCCCUAUUGAAGUUAAGACCUUUGGGUAUACGGGUGCCAUUGGGCCAUUAAACUGGGCUGCACUCGAUGGAGGCUCCGCGAACGUCUUGUGCGCAACUGGAAAGAACCAAUCGCCCAUAAACAUGGUUGAUGGCGUUUUUAAGACGCUUACCGCUGCCGAUGUAAAGCUUCAGAUCAACGAUAUGCCAGAGGGGACUGAGUUCGAAAACUUGGGUACAACCGUCGAGGUGGUUAGCAAGGGUGGAACACUUGAAGUUGGUGGGAAGACGUACGACUUCAAGCAGUUUCACUUCCAUUUGCCGAGCGAGCAUCUGGACAAUGGAACUAGCCUUGCCAUGGAAAUGCAUAUGGUAUUCCAGACCCCAGAAAAGGAUAUCGCUGUCAUCGGUGUCUUUGUGGACCUCGACAACGGCGUCGUCGCCGCCGCUGCCGAUGCUGCUACCGCUCAAGUAAUAACGCCGGCGGCGAAGCGCGACCUUGGCCGCCAUCCACACUCCCGCCGCGGCGAGGCCGCUUCCGCACCGCGGGCGGACAGCCACCUCAGCGCCAUUGUUCAGCUUCCUCCAUCAUCACUUGCUACGGCGGCUGGUACUUCGUCCGCCCUUCUGGAAACCGUCUUUUCCCAGGUGGCUAAGAUAGCUAGCCCCGGAUCGGUAGUCGAGACUAAGCCGCUCGUCAUGUCUGAACUCGUCAAUAUUCUUCUCGCCGGAUCAUUCCAGAGCUACUCUGGGUCCUUGACUACCCCGCCCUGCAGCGAAGGCGUAAUGUGGCUUGUCUCGACACAAAAGUUGAAAAUACAGACUGCGACUUUCAAAAAGGUGCGAUCUGUUAUUGGAUUCAACGCCCGGUAUCUACAGAAUACCCCUGGUUUCAACAACUUGCUAGCUGUCGGUGCUCAAUCUGCUGUCGCCGCAAAGGCGGCCGCAGCAGUUCCCGCAGCCCCAGCCGUGAAAAUAUAAAUUAGAUGGUUGCGUAAGUGGGAUAGAUAAAUGGCAAGUCUUUAUGGGUGAAUCGAUAGCUCAGUGCGUGCCACUAGGUCGUUGCAAAGGUUGCGCUUAGCGGGGAUUGUAGAUAUCUUUGUGUGUUCAUACAUCGCCAACAUCUUUGCGUAGUCAUAGUCCCGUCCUG